AUAUUUCACGGAUGGACAAAGAACAGCUUCUCUUCACUUUAAAUGACCUGGAGACAGAAGAGCUGAAGACAUUCCAGUGGUAUCUGAAAAAUGGCAUGGAAGGUUUCCCCUGUAUCCCAAAAUCUCAUCUGGAGAAUUCUAACAGACCUGACACUGUGGACAAGAUGGUGCAGCAAUAUGGCCAAGAUGGAGCUGCGGAGAUCACACAGCUCAUCCUGAAGAAGAUGCGCCACAACCAACAGGCUGAGGCCCUGAGGACCAAACACAGUGAAAAUAAAGCAGGUGGAGACAAAUGUGAAGAGUCGACUGCUAAGAGUCCAGCUGCUCUAGGAAAAAGUGAUCUCAGCAGGAGAAUGAAAAUAAAAUAUAAGGAAAAAUUUGAGAAGUUGUGUGAGGAGGCUCCAAUAGAAUGUGAUCGUGUGCCUAUACAAGACACUUACACUGAAGUUUACAUGAUCAAAGGGUGCACAGGAGGCGUGAACACAAAACACGAAGUGAGACAGGUAGAGAAAUUUUACCCCAAAACAGAAGAAACACCAGUCACACUCAGUGACCUCUUCAAAGUGCAGUCUACUGAAAACAAGCGUGGUACUAAAGUCCUGACAUUGGGAAUAGCUGGAGUGGGAAAAACAGUCUCUGUGCACAAGUUCAUUCUUGACUGGGCUGAAAAGAAGUGCAACCAGGACAUAGAUUUCAUCAUGUACCUCCCAUUUCGAGAGCUGAACUUGAUAAAGGAUGAAAAGUACAGCCUCUCAAAACUACUUCUUUACUUCCAUCAAGAACUCCAUUCUGGAGAUGAAAAGGAGAUAUUAAAUGACAAACAUCGGCUGCUUUUCAUACUAGAUGGACUGGAUGAAAGUAGAAUUCCUCUAGAUCUUCAUCAGAAGAAGGUAUCUAAUGUGAAUGAGAAGACUACUCUUGAUAAACUAAUAACAAACCUCAUAAAUGGAGAACUGCUUCCUUCUGCUCUCCUCUGGAUCACUUCACGACCUGCAGCAGUCAGUAAGAUAAAUGACCAAUACUUUAACCCUGUUACAGAAAUCCGUGGAUUCAAUGACCCACAGAAGGAGGAGUACUUCAGGAAGAGAAUCAGAGAUGAAGAUCAAGCCAGCAGAAUUAUAUCACACAUUAAGACUGCAAGAAGCCUUCAUAUCUUGUGUCACAUACCUGUCGUCUGCAGGAUCUCAGCCACCGUGUUUCAGAAAAUGCUGAAGGAAGGUGUGGACAUGAAAAAUGCUCCAACAACUCUGACAGAAAUGUAUCUACAUUUCCUGCUGUUUUUCACAGAUCAAAAGACUAAGAAAUACAACACAAAGCAAAGCACCAACAAUGCAGUUUCAUCUGAGACAAAAAGAGCAGAGGUGCUGGAUAUUGUGAAGCUUGGAAAGUUAGCCUUUCUUCAGCUGCAAAAAGGACAACUUCUGUUCUAUGAGAAAGAUCUGGAAGAAUGUGGUAUUGAUGUCUGUGAGGCUUUAGUGUACUCUGGAAUUUGUACACAAAUUUUUAAACAGGAGGGGAAGAUCUACAGCUUUGUGCAUUUAAGCUUCCAGGAGUUUCUUGCUGCUGUAUUUGUGUUCCUAACAUUCAGGGAUGAAGGCAACCCACUCCUUAAAACCCCACUGGAGAAAAUGAAGUGGAAGUUAAAACACAGACUGUGUGAUCUGCUUGAGACAGCAGUAGAUAAGGCCAUGAGGAGUGAAAAUGGGCACCUGGACCUUUUCCUCCGUUUCCUCUUCGGCCUCUCACUGCAGUCCAAUCAGAGGCUCCUGAAAAGUCUACACCCAGAACUGGACAUCAGAGAAGAGAGUUUAGAGGAGACUGUGAACUACAUCAAGAAAACCAUCAAGAGAACAAAAUCCUUUGAAGAGACUAUCAAUCUAUUCCACUGCUUGAGUGAACUGAAAGACAACUCUCUGAUAAGUGAAAUACAGACCUUCCUGAACUCAGGGGACCUCUCAACACAGACACUCUCAUCUACACAGUGUUCAGCUCUGGUGUUUGUGCUGCUGAUGUCAGAGGAGAUUCAAGAGAAAUUUGAGCUGAAGAAAUUCAGGCCAUCAGAUAAAGGACUGAAGGAAUUACUUCCAGUGUUGAAAAAUACCAGGCGAGCUUUACUAUCUGGCUGUGAUCUCACUAAAGGGUCUUGCAAAUCUCUCACAUCAGUUCUACAAACAGAAAACACACUGAGAGAGCUGGAGAUGAAUAAUAAUGACCUGCAGAAUUCAGGAGUGGAGCAGCUCUGUGCUGGACUGAAGAGUUCACACUGUAAACUGGAGAUUCUCAGUCUAGCUAUCUGUAAUCUUGAGGAAAACACUUGUGAAAAUCUGGCAUCAGCUUUGCAACUGCCAAACUCCCUCCUGAGGGAACUGGACCUUAGUAACAAUGACCUGAACAAUUCAGGAGUGGAGCAGCUUUCUGCUGGACUGAAAAGUUCACACUGUAAACUGGAGAUACUCAGACUGUCUGGUUGUUUGGUCACAGAGGAAGGCUGUUCUUCUCUGGCUUCAACUCUUAAGUCAAACCCCUCCCAUUUGAAAGAACUGGACCUGACAUACAACCACCCAGGAGAGUCAGGAGUGAAGCUGCUCUCUGCUAGACUGGAGGAUCCCCACUGCAGACUGGACACACUCAGACUAUCUCGCUGUGAUCUCACUGAAGGGUCUUGCAAAUCUCUCACAUCAGUUCUACAAACAGAAAACACACUGAGAGAGCUGGAGAUGAAUAAUAAUGACCUGCAGAAUUCAGGAAUGGAGCAGCUCUGUGCUGGACUGAAGAGUUCACACUGUAAACUGGAGAUUCUCAGACUAUCUGGCUGUGGUCUCAAUGAAGAGUCUUGCAAAUCUCUCACAUUUCUACAAACAGAAAACUCACUGAGAGAGCUGGAGAUGAAUAAUAAUGACCUGCAGAAUUCAGGAGUGGAGCAGCUCUGUGCUGGACUGAAGAGUUCACACUGUAAACUGGAGAUUCUCAGACUGUCUGGUUGUUUAGUCACAGAGGAAGGCUGUUCUUCUCUGGCUUCAGCUCUGAGGUCAAACCCCUCCCACCUGAAAGAACUAGACCUGACGUACAACCACCCAGGAGAGUCAGGAGUGAAGCUGCUCUCUGCUAGACUGGAGGAUCCCCACUGCAGACUGGACACUCUCAGGGUGGAGCACGCAGGGGAGAUGAGAAUCAAACCAGGACUAAGAAAAUAUGCGUGUGAUCUCACACUGGACCCAAACACAGCACACACACGUCUCUCUCUGUCUGAGGGGAACAGAAAGGUGACGUGUGUGAAGCAGCAGCAGUCGUAUCCUGAUCAUGCAGAGAGAUUUGAUUACUGGGAGCAGGUUGUGUGUAGAGAGAGUCUGACUGGACGCUGUUACUGGGAGGUUGAGUGGAGUGGGAGGGAGGCUGAUAUAUCAGUGACAUAUAAAGGAAUCAGCAGGAAAGGACGCAGUAGUGACUGUGUGUUUGGAUGUAAUCUAAAGUCCUGGAGUCUGAGCUGCUCUGAUAACAGUUACACUGUCUGGCACAAUAAGAAGAAAACUGCCAUCUCUGCCCCCUCCAGCUCCAACAGAGUAGGAGUGUAUCUGGACUGGCCCGCCGGCACUCUGUCCUUCUACAGCGUCUCCUCUCACGCACACACACUCACACACUUACACACACUCCACUCCACAUUCACUGAGCCCCUCUAUGCAGGGUUUUGGGUUUGGGGUUCUGACUCCUCAGUGUGUGUGUGUGAGCUAGAAUAG